AUGGGGAGACACUCCUGCUGCUUCAAGCAGAAGCUGCGGAAAGGGCUCUGGUCCCCAGAGGAGGACGAGAAGCUCCUCCGCCACGUCACCACGUACGGCCAUGGCUGCUGGAGCUCCGUCCCCAAGCUCGCAGGUGCCCUUCUUCUUCUUCCUCCUCCUCCUCUCCUUCUCUUCAGAUCCCAGCUGGGUUUUUUCCGAGCUUGACGACGUGUGCCUCCUUCUUCUCCGUCUCCGGCGAGCAGGCCUUCAGAGGUGCGGCAAGAGUUGCAGGCUGAGAUGGAUGAAUUACCUCAGGCCGGACCUCAAGAGGGGCGCAUUCUCGCCGGAGGAGGAGAACCUGAUAAUUGAGCUCCACGCCGUCCUCGGGAACAGGUGAGGAGAACGAAUCGUCGUCGUCUUCUCCGGCAGGACGGUGAAUUCUCUGAGCUGAACCCCACUCCCCCUCGUCAGGUGGUCUCAGAUUGCCGCCCAACUUCCGGGGAGGACCGACAACGAGAUCAAGAAUCUCUGGAACUCCAGCAUCAAGAAGCAACUCCGGCAGCGGGGCAUUGACCCCGCCACGCACAGGCCUCUCUCCGAGGUCAACGCCGGAGUCGACAAGACGGCGGCCUCCGACGAGCUCGUCAAUCCCCUCCCCUCUCCCCCUUCGGGGAAUUGCAAGGAGCUCCUCCUCGAUCAGAGCUCCUCUUCCAGCUGCAGGUCUCCCGUGGAUUACGGCGGCGGCGGCGGCGGCCAUAGCUGCUCGAGUUCUCUCCUAUGGCUCAACGAGGGGCCGCUGUGGUCUGGGGGUGCCGCCAGCGGUGGUGGCGGCGGAUCCUUCUUCGAUAAUAGCUUGAUCCCGUGGCCGGAGCUGGCUUCCGACAAGGUCGACGACCUGCAGUGGUCGGAAUACCUCCAACCCGGCCUCCCACUGCCGCCGGCGGUGGUCCAGAUCCAGAACAGAGCUCCGUGCAACGACGAAAUCCAGAAAUUGUCGGCGGCUUUCGAACAGAUUUAG